UGUUGUCCUAAAUGACUUAACAUACAUAACUGUGGCUCCCUCUAGUGUCUCAAUGUUGCAAAUGCCAGUCGGGCUCCACCAAUAUACGUCAUUAGUGCGACAGUUACUCUGUGGAAAAAAAAAGACGAUUCUGGCUGAUUCAUUGUAGCCGGGUGGUUUGUUUCGGCUACGACCAGAAAAACAAACUCUUCUGAAUACCACACAGGUCUGACAGCAGUUAACACAUCUCAGUAUGGACCGGCUGCUUAGGCUCGGAGGUGGAAUGCCAGGUCUUGGCCAGGGCCCCCCAACAGAUGCACCUGCUGUGGACACAGCAGAGCAGGUGUACAUCUCCUCUCUUGCCCUGCUCAAGAUGUUGAAACACGGGCGUGCUGGUGUACCCAUGGAGGUCAUGGGAUUGAUGCUGGGAGAAUUUGUUGAUGACUACACAGUGCGAGUGAUUGAUGUGUUUGCCAUGCCGCAGUCAGGAACGGGUGUGAGUGUCGAAGCAGUGGAUCCUGUGUUUCAGGCCAAGAUGUUGGACAUGCUAAAGCAGACCGGCAGACCAGAGAUGGUGGUGGGAUGGUACCACAGUCACCCUGGGUUUGGUUGUUGGUUAUCUGGUGUGGAUAUCAACACACAGCAGAGCUUUGAGGCUCUGUCAGAGCGAGCUGUCGCAGUGGUCGUUGAUCCAAUUCAGAGCGUCAAAGGGAAGGUUGUUAUUGAUGCCUUCAGAUUGAUCAAUGCCAACAUGAUGGUGUUGGGUCAUGAACCAAGACAAACCACAUCCAACCUGGGUCAUCUGAACAAGCCUUCAAUCCAGGCCCUGAUUCACGGACUCAACAGACACUACUACUCCAUCACCAUCAAUUACAGGAAAAAUGAGCUGGAGCAGAAGAUGCUGUUGAACUUGCAUAAGAAGAGCUGGAUGGAGGGUCUGACCCUGCAGGACUACAGCGAGCACUGCAAGCACAAUGAGACCAUCGUCAAAGAAAUGUUGGAGCUGGCUAAGAACUACAAUAAGGCCGUUGAAGAAGAGGACAAAAUGACCCCUGAGCAGCUGGCAAUCAAGAAUGUUGGAAAACAGGAUCCCAAGAGGCACUUGGAGGAGCACGUAGAUGUUUUAAUGACAUCCAACAUUGUUCAGUGCCUAGCUGCCAUGUUGGAUACAGUAGUUUUCCAGUGAUUGGGCUGUGUGUGUAUAACUGUUAAUAUUACAACCCUUGUUUUCUUUUAUAUAAAAU